UCUGUAGAUAAUACUGAUUUUUUUCUACAAGUUAAAAUGUUUCAAAAAAGAAAAGCGAUAUCUUCGCGCGAAUAUAUAUUGUUCAAAUAUAUCGAUGUGUAUAAAAUCGAUUAAUCGAGAUAAUCGGUAAAAUUGAUUAAUCGAUAUGAAAGCAAGCAGACGAAAUAAUCGUUAUGCAAUCGUGUGCGAACCGCGAAAUUAUAGGAUGGCGUAAAGACCGAAGUACAAAACGCCGAAGUGAUUGAAAUAUACAGCAACAUGACUGUGAUGUAAUCUACUUUACGAUAGUAAGGACGGAUCUAUUUUUAAAAUGAUUGUUAUUCGUUAUCGAGUGAAACAAUGUUAAUUAUAAAAAGAUGCCACCAUUUUACUGGAAUUAUUAGUAUGCUGUCGCAUAAUGCAUUUUCUAGCUUUACAUUAAACUGUACAGCUAGGAAUCUUUCUAGGCUAUGCGCAGAGGUUCGUACUUUAUCCAUAGCACAUGACAAGUAUACGCAUAAAGUGAAUCCCAAUGCGCAAAAGAUUGCCCAUUCUUUGUUAAGGACAAACGAUGCACUGACUCAUGUUAAGUUAGCACUUUUGCAACAGAAAAGAUGCUUGAGUAUCGCUGCUACGCUAGUCAAUAAUGCCUCGCCUAAAGUUCAACCAUAUAUGAAACUUAUGAGAAUAGAUAAACCAAUAGGAAGCUGGUUAUUAUUUUGGCCUUGUGGCUGGAGCAUUUCAAUGGCAGCUCCUGUUGGUGCUCUACCAGAUUUUCAAAUGUUAGCACUUUUUGGUAUAGGAGCUUUCAUAAUGCGUGGCGCAGGAUGUACUAUCAACGAUAUGUGGGAUCAAGAUAUCGAUAAGCUGGUAGCUAGAACAAGGGAUAGACCUUUGGUAAGCGGUCAAAUAACGCAGAUGCAGUCAUUAAUAUUUCUAGCUGGGCAAUUGAGUCUAGGGUUACUUGUAUUGUUGCAAUUAAAUUGGUAUAGUAUAUUUCUUGGUGCCAGCUCACUAGGUUUAGUAAUAAUUUAUCCUCUCAUGAAAAGAGUGACGUAUUGGCCGCAAUUAAUUUUGGGUAUGACUUUUAAUUGGGGCGCGUUAUUAGGAUGGUCUGCUAUACAUGGAUCAUGCGAUUGGUCCAUCUGUUUACCAUUGUACAUAGCUGGUAUUUGUUGGACCAUUUUGUAUGAUACGAUAUAUGCUCAUCAAGACAAGGUAGAUGACAUUUUGAUAGGUAUGAAGUCAACAGCCAUAAAAUUCGGUGAUGAUACGAAAUUCUAUCUGUCUGGAUUUGGAAUAGUUAUGAUUGCAAGUUUAAUUGCCUCUGGUCUGUUAACUACUCAAACUUGGCCUUAUUAUACUUCUGUUGGAUUAAUUGCAACACAUAUUAGCAAUCAAAUACAUUCUUUGAAUAUUAACAAUCCUACGGAUUGUGCUAAGAAAUUCAUAUCGAAUCACAGAGUGGGUAUGAUACUAUUUGCUGGUAUUGUAUUAGGAAAUUUAAUGAAGAAAUCUAUAAAAAAAGAGAGCAAAGUUGAAGAAGAAACAGAGCACCAAACUAUUACUGUACUACACGAAACCAAAAAUAGCCAUAACUGAGACAAGUUAAUAAUUCAUAUUAGAAAAUAAUGUGUGAUUGUUGUUAAAUAUAAUUUUAAAUAGUCUUCAUUAUACAAAAUAGAAUCUCUUUUUAUGGAUAAUGUGCUAACAUUAAUAAAAUUCUUCAAAAAUAA